UCAUAACUGUCCCUCGAUUCGUAUUCAUACCCUAUUGUGCUUGUUUCAUUUCACUUUCUUAAUCCUUAAACCUUAAAUGUUAAAACCCAUUACUAGUAUACUGCAGCACCGUUCGUUCAUUGAAACCACAAACUCCAAACAGAGAUGGCUUUGAGACAUCGCCGCCUUACGAAGCAACUCUCCAAGUUUCUAACUCCCGUUCUCAACGCAGGUAACUGCUGUCAGCAAUCUAGCAAAGCUUUAAACUUAGUGGCUUUGUCUAUAAUGCAUAUGCCUUCUGCUCAGAGUCCAAUUGCUAAUUGGACUCAAGUGAGAGGAUUUCGUGAAUACAGGAUCUCAACAAAGUCUGAUGAAUUAUGUGAACCUGCAACUGAAAUUGAUCUUUUGUCUUUCAUUAAGGCUUCACUGGAUGAGUUUGAAGGCACCCAUCAUUAUUGGUUAAAUAGAUCUGACAACAACGACCAACUUUUUGGAGCUGAUGGAAUAUUUUUAGUUCUUUCUGCAAGGGUUUUUGACUGUGGCAUUAAGCUUGAAAAAUUGAAGACAAUUCAAAAGAGGUUCCCUCAUAUUAAUAUUAUGGGUUUGAAAACAAUUCACUCUUCUUCUGAUCAAGUGCACCUAAUCCAGUUACUGAUGACAGAAAAUAUAACAUUCCCCAUUUUGUUGUCUCGGCAGAAAUUUCCUAAGAUAGAGAAAGGUGCAUGCUACAUAUUGUUUAAAAAUUUUAGAAGCCCAGUAAUUUAUCAUGAGAAGGAUGCGGGUCUUGAAAUUCUAAGCAAAGCUGUUCAGGAGUUACAAGAGCAACCUGGUGGUGAUUCUAAGUCACUUAAUGUAGUGAGAUGUACGUCUUUGAAGCAAGAUGGGAUCAUUAAGGAUGAAUGUAGUUUUUCUCCUCUUCAGAAUUUACUUCUAUAUUACCCAGGUUGCGUCUCCACAGAUGAAAGUAAUAACCGUCUCUUCUUUUCUGAUUGCAAUCAUCAUAGGAUUCUUGUAUCUGGUGGAAAUGGAGAGAUUCUGGAUUGUAUUGGCUCUUCCCCAGGAUUUGAGGAUGGAGAUUUCGAAUCUGCUAAAUUAAGGCGUCCUGCAGGUUCAUAUUACCAUGCUACUGAGGAUUGCUUAUAUUUUGUGGAUUCAGAGAACGAUGCUAUCAGGAAAGCUGACAUGGGAGCACGGACAGUGGAGACUCUCUAUCCUACAAGCGCCCCUAACAAGGGAGGUAUUCAAAUAUGGAAUUGGAUCAUGAGUAAGCUUGGUUUAGAAAGCAGUGGGAAGACCAGUGUUCAGGAAAGAUCUGAAGUAUUUGAUUCUAAAUUAUAUUUCCCAUGGCAUUUGCUGAAAUCACCUGAUGACACAUUCUACAUUAUGGACCGAAGGUUUCAAACUUUGUGGGUCAUGGAUAUCAAUUCAGGAAAGAUAGAUGAAGUUUUUGAAGGUUCCCCUAGAAUUCUUAAGAUCUGUGGACAGCUAAUCAUGAAAAGUUUGUCCAUCAUAGAUCAGAUUCCUAGUGAUUGGUUUCAACAGCAAACUAAGAAUGGCUUUUUGCUGGGGGGCCUACAGCAUUCUGAUCUUUUAUCUUCACUGGCAACUUUGCAUAAUCACAUUUUCAUUUGUGAUCCAGUUGGACAGAGGAUUCUGAAGGUUAAUCGAGAAUCUGGGGUUUGUUCAAACUUCUGGUUAUCUAAUUUAGGGAUACUUGGAUUACCUUAUUGGCUGAAUUUCCCCCUGGAGACAUUUUAUGCUGUGGCAAAUGGACUUUCGGGUACACCAAUUGAUCAUCUGCAACAUUUUGAUUUGCUACCAGGCAGAAUUGACAUAAAUUUGAGGGUUGAUCUUCCUAUGGAUAUUGAGCUUGUUGUACCAUUACAAGAAUCCUGUAUAUGGUAUCAAGCAAGAGGUGCAGCUACUGAAACUUCUGGAAUGGAUGAGGUUUCCUUAAACAAGAGUGGCCUUGCACAACAGUGGUAUGAUGAAUUAGAUGAUCUUGCUGCUCCAAAACCUGAAUCUGAAAUAAAUGUUCAAGAUGAUAAUCUGGAUAAAAAAUCGGUAGUGGAAGAUGAGAAAGUUCCCUUUAGCGUUGGAGUCUUUACUAGCCCCGGAACAAGUGAGGUUAUAAUUUAUGCUGCACUGUAUUGUAAACUUAGAAGUGUCCCAAAGUCAAAUGAAGGCAACCGGGAGGAACAUGCAGCAAGGAUUCUUGAUAUUUUGAGCUCCAAGAGAUCUGGGAAAAUAGAGAGAGAUUUAUGGAAGGCAUUUUUAUUGCAAUCUAAGGGUGAUUUGAGAGAUCUUAUUUUCAUGAAACCGCUACACAUUAGAUUAAGGUUAAGUUGUCAGGAUCAUCCAAAGGCUGAUAACGGAAGGGAUUUUAUCUUAACAGACUCUUCAAUUAAGGUGGACGUAUUGCUCAAUUGACAGUAGAUUCAGCUGCACAGUUGCAUUUUUUAUUCCUAUCACAUGUUUUAUUGUUUGUACUGUGUCAUCACUUGGUGUUUAGUAACCUGUGUCUCAUUGCUAUUUAUUAGCUGGAGAAGGUUAUUUACCAAAAUACAUUUUAUUAUUUGAAAAUUUGAUUUCAUGUGCUUGGCUUUUUUAGCCGGGACUAUAUUGUUGCCUGACGGUAGAGUCAGUUCUUGAAGACCUCAAUGGCUUAUAAAUGAAGUGAGGGUUUCUCCUUUGGAUAUUUUUUUUCUUUGUGGUGUUGAUAAACUGUAUCCUCUAAGUUCAAACUGAUAGGAGAUUGAUUCUUCCAAGAUCAUUAAAGUGAA